AUGCGCUUCUCUGCUUCUGCCGUCGUCGCGGCCCUGCCACUCCUGGCGUCCGCCCAGCAAGAUCCCCUUGGCCAGUACAAGGCGCAGUUCCAGACCUUCAUGGACAAGAUUGGCUCGUAUGUUCCUAACCCGGGUUCGCAUGAUCCCGUGGCGGCGCUGGAGGCCAAGCUGGGCAGCAUGAAGAUGUCGACCUUGACGCUGGAGAACUGGAAGGACACGCUGUACGAGCCUGUUGCUCCGGGGGCUACUGUGCCUACGGAGUGGUGGGUUUUGGUGUCUGGUCGCAACAAGACGUGUUACGGCCACUGCGGCAACGUUGAGCAGGCCUUCAACGAAACGGCCGCCAAGUUCGCCAUCCUCCCUGGCUCUCCGCACAUGGGCAUGCUCAACUGUGACGACCAGCCUAUCCUGUGUAAUGCGUGGUCCGCCGGCGCCGGAACCGUCUGGUCCUUCAACAUGCUUCCUGCCCCCGCGCCCGUGGACAUCUACAAGAAGCGACUGAACCUUACGUCCACCACGUCCGAUGACCUCGUCAAGCUCAGGACUGCCGACAAGGAGAAGGCCGGCUUUGUGCUCCUCGAUUCGUGGUUCCACCCCUUCAACGGCAAGGUCACUGAGCUGGGUCUGUCCGUCCCCUACGGUUACAUCAUGUGGGCAUUUGGCCUCGUCCCCAACUGGCUCUUCAUGUUGAUUGUGUCCUUUGCAAGCCGAAGCAUGAUGGGUAACCGACUUCAGCCUGGUGCUGGUGCACCCGGUGGCGCUGGUCCUCGCGCUGGUGCUCCUGGCCAACGCCGAGCUCAGUAA